AAUGACACCUUUUUAAUGCUGCUUACUAUAUUUAUUCUUACAUCCAGGUUUAAAGAUUGGAGUUCAGAGAGAUCUUCGAGUUCCAAUCAGGAAUAUCCCAUUGAUGAUGGACUUUAUCCAAAAAAAACUAGACCAAUUGGCAGAAUUUUGGGGAGUUUCCAGAGAGGAUAUGAAAGGGUUUCUGAGAGGAUUACAAGUUUGAAAAACCCCUUAAGCACCCAUCGCGUAGGUGAUUGGCCAAGAAAAGAGUCAGGUCUCAGGAAGACAGUUCUUGAUCCACAGAGUAAAUUUCUUCAAAUGUGGAAUAAAAUAUUUGUGCUCUCUUGUGUGAUAUCACUGGCCCUGGAUCCAUUGUUCUUUUACGUACCGGUGAUGACUGGAGAGGAGAAAUGCUUCGAUAUGGACCGUAAAUUGGCAAUUAUUGCCUCUUUUCUUCGUUCCCUUGGAGAUGCUUUUUAUGUACUUCAUAUAAUCUUUCAAUUCCGUACAGGGUUUGUUAGAUCUUCGUCUCAAGUAUUUGGAAGGGGUGAAUUGAUUGAUGAUCCUGUGGCUAUAGCAAAAAGAUACAUAUCGACACACUUCAUCAUUGACCUUCUAGCAAUUCUUCCAUUGCCGCAGAUGGCGAUUUUUGUUAUCAUUCCCACAAUGAAAACCAAAGUUCCGUUACUCAUGAAGGAAAUGUUGAAGGCUGUAAUCUGGUCCCAAUAUGUGCCAAGAAUUAUGCGGAUCUAUCCACUAUACAAAGAAGUAACAAGAACCUCUGGUAUACUGACUGAGUCACCCUGGGCUGGAGCUGUUUAUAAUCUUUUUCUCUAUAUGCUAGCUAGUCAUGUAGUUGGAUCCUUUUGGUACUUAUUUGCCAUUGAUCGAGAGGAGGCCUGCUGGCAAAAACAAUGUAAGAAAUAUCCUGGUUGUAGAGAUACAGAUUUUUACUGUGGAAACCACCGAAGCGUAAACACAUCAACUCUAUAUGGUGCUUGCCCUUUUAAUGACACUGAUGAAAAUAACAAAGCAACGGUCUUUGAUUUUGGAAUAUUUCGUGAUGUUCUGAAGUCUGGAGUGGUGGAAUCAAUAAAUUUUUCAGAGAAAUUCUUUUACUGCUUUUGGUGGGGUCUGCGUAAUCUUAGUUCUCUUGGCCAAAAUCUGCAAACAAGCACUUUUGUUGGGGAGAUACUCUUUGCUGUCUCCAUAUCCAUCUUCGGGUUGAUUUUAUUCUCAUUACUUAUUGGCAAUAUGCAGAAAUAUUUGCAAUCCACAACAGUGAGAAUAGAAGAAAUGAGAGUGAAAAGGACUGAUGCAGAACGGUGGAUGUCACACCGUAUGCUUCCUGAGAAUUUAAGGGAGCGAAUUAGACGAUAUGAGCAAUACAAAUGGCAAGAAACCAGAGGUGUUGAGGAAGAGAAUCUACUUCAUAACCUUCCUAAAGACCUCAGGAGGGACAUAAAGCACCAUCUUUGCUUGGAUCUUCUCAAGAGAGUGCCAAUGUUUGAAAAAAUGGAUGAACAACUGUUGGACGCGCUGUGUGAUCGUCUCAAGCCAGUACUUUACACAGAGAAGAGCUGCAUUGUCCGUGAGAUGGAUCCAGUGGAUGAGAUGCUCUUUAUCAUGCGAGGAAACCUAGCCACUAUGACUACCAAUGGUGGGAGAACUGGUUUCUUUAACACUUUUGAUCUUAAAGCUGGUGACUUCUGUGGAGAAGAGCUUCUUACAUGGGCCUUGGAUCCCCACUCCUCUUCCAAUCUCCCCAUCUCAACUAGAACAGUGAUAGCUCAAACUGAGGUUCAAGCCUUUGCUCUAAAGGCCGCUGACUUGAAGUUUGUGGCCUCCCAAUUUCGGCGCCUUCAUAGCAAGCAGCUCCGGCACGCUUUCAGGUUCUACUCCCUACAAUGGAGGACAUGGGCAGCCUGUUUUAUCCAAGUAGCUUGGCGCCGACACUAUAAGAGAAAGCUUGAUAAGUCUUUGCGGGAAGCAGAAGACAGACUGCAAGAUGCUUUAGCAAAUGAACCUGGGAUGUCACCAAGUCUCGGUGCCACUAUUUAUGCAUCAAGGUUUGCCUCCAAUGCACUUCGAUCCUUGCGACAAAAUCGUGCACGCAACCCCAGAGUAGCACAAAGAUUGUUACCGCUGUUGCCACAAAAGCCUGCCGAGCCCAAUUUUGCUGAUGAAGAUCAUUAAUAGAUUGUGUUUCAAGUGAUUAUUAUGUAAGUUUUAUUUUUACAUACAAGGUUCAUAUGCAAUAGGUUUUUGUAUAUAGCAUGUGUAAAAUGUACUCACCAAAGUUCUUACUGUACUACUACUAUUGUCUUCUUUCUGGUUAACUACUUAGAUGAUUGAAGUCAGAAGACAAUACUUCAUUUCAUAUCUUUUAUAUAGAAAAUGAAAGUCACACUUUAACAACAUUGAUUAUCCA